AUAAUCAGCCUGGCUGUACCUGUGGACAAAACUCUUUUCUGGCAGGAGCACCGCCUGACAUCCAACAGGUAUUACAUGUAUGAAGUGGAUGAAUCAUGGAGGGAGCCAGCGUCUCUGUGUUUGUCACCGUGCAGAAAAUCUACUACCCGUUGCUUUGCAUCGUGGGUAUUCCAGCAAACCUCUUCACAUUCUAUAUGAUCUGUUUUCGUAAAUGUGGGAUGUCCAACACGGCUAUCGUUUACCUGAGCUGUCUGGCCAUUGUGGACACCUUCUACCUGGUGUGGGUUAUACUUCUGGACCUGACUCUGACCUUUUGGACUGUGCAGCCCUUCUGGCACUCUGACCCAUGGUGUGGUAUCCUUGGAUUCCUACAGUAUGGCUCCCUCUACAGCUCCUCCUGGAUCGUGGUGGUGUUCACCAUUGAACGCUACCUUGUCCUCAGAAGCACUGUUUCCAAACAGAAUUUUUCUCAAACAUGGGACACUAAAAUGUUCUGCACAGCUAUAGUGCUGCUGUCCCACCUGGUGUCGGUACCAAUGGGUUGGAUCAACAUUGUCACACCUGUAAAUCUAACCGUGGACGGAGAGAACAUGACACUCCCCCGCUGUCGAUAUCGCAAUCACACCUAUUCUACAGUUAUAGUCUGGAUAGCUACCUUCCUCUCUGGAGGAAUCCCCAUUGUGCUGGUCAUCAUCUUCAACUACCUCAUUGGGUACCAUCUGUGCCGGGCCAGCAACCUCUUCACUAAGGAGGAACGACGCAUCAUGUAUGGAAGGAACACCAGAGGUACACUAAAAAGAACCAUUCUCAUCCUGGGGACUGUCUCUGUGGCCUUUGUCAUGCUUAGUCUUCCUCGCUUUGUCACAUACUGCAUCCUGAGGACGAGGUACAAUGAUGAAAGCUUCAACAGGAACGACUACAGCAUUCCAAUCAACGUAGCCGGAGACGUGGCUAACAUGCUCCAGAACCUCAACUCUACCACCAACUUCCUGCUCUACUGCAUGGUCAGCCACCGCUUCAGACAGGAGCUGGUACAAGCUAUGACCUGCAAGGCAAAGGCCCGUGAGCUGAGUACUCUCCUGAACAACACUACAAUGAAGGUUUUCUCUGUUGUAAAUCAUAAGGGGUCACUAUCCAGCAGCCCUGUGACUGUGGUGUUGACCAGUCUGAAACAGACAGGAUAGAAUAAAACUUAAUUCCAUUGACUUUUGGCCUUCAUAGACUCAAUCUCUAUGAUUCUACCAUUAGGAUGCCAACAUGGAUUUUUAUCCAGUCCUCCAAUCUUGUCCUAUGAUGCAAUAAUUUAAAGUAAAAUUUCAAACUGUGGCUUAAUGCCUUAUUCAUUUUAUUUACAAUUCUCAGACCAUUUCGGAGGCCCCA